CGGAAGUGACUCGCUCAUUGACUUGACGCGCCUUGGAGCGGUCAAGUUGGACAAACUUAGUGAAUGUGUCAGUAAGAAUGAAACUCCAUGAUGUAUUAAAACUCAUUAAAUUAUGUUUAUAAUGUCUCCGUGCGCGUCCUCCUCCGGUGUGAGCAUGUGGACUGCCGACCAAAUCGCCAGGCUGUGCUACGAGCGUUUCAGCGAGCUGCCCCGCAGAGGGAAGCCGGAGGCGGGGAGAGAGUGGACCCUGCUGGCCGCCGUGCUGCAGCUCCGCCGGGGGACCGACACCGACUCAGUUGAAAUGGAGGUUGUUUCUCUGGGAACCGGGACCAAAUGUAUUGGACGCACCGCCAUGAGUCCCAAUGGUGACGUUCUCAACGACAGCCAUGCAGAGGUCAUCGCUCGAAGGGGAUGCCUCAGGUACCUGAUGCAGGAGCUGCGCGGGGCAGUAAGCGGUCAGGAGAGCUCGGUGUUUCGCCGGGCGGAGCAGCCGGGGAAGUGGAGGCUGCAGCCUGGAGUUUCCUUCAUCUUCUUCACCAGUCACACUCCCUGUGGUGAUGCCUCCAUCAUCCCCAUGACAGACAGCCAGGACCAGCCCUGCCCCCCUGUCCGACCCGCAGAGGCCCACCAAGAGACCGGUGAAGGGACUGAGGGGUCAGGAAGCGUGAAACGGAAAGCCACGGACCAGUGUGAAGGACCAAUCGUGAAGCUUCCCCAUGUAGAGGAACGGUGGACAGAGGAGAGACAGCCAGAGGACAGAGGAGACACAAAAGAGUCAGAUCCACCACAGAGCGACUUUACAGAAACACCUGCAGAAAGUGUUUCACAAACUCUUGAACCAGAGCUCAAAAUCAGAGAAGACACAGAUCUGACUCAGCUAGACGACGGCCUGCCGAGCCCGCAGGUCCCAGACGUCCACAGGACAGGAGCCAAGUGUGUCCCAGGCGGCCUGUCCGACCCCAGGUGCCCUGGGCUGGGGUACCACAGCACCGGGCUGCUGCGGGUGAAGCCUGGCCGCGGGGAGCCCACGUUGUCCCUGUCCUGCAGUGACAAACUGGCUCGCUGGGGGGUGCUGGGCUUCCAGGGUGCUCUGCUGUCCCACUACCUGCAGGAGGCGCUCUACUUUAGCGCCAUCGUGGUGGGGAAGUGUCCGUACAGUCACAAGGUGAUGCAGAGAGCUGUGGUCACAAGGUGCUGCCACGUGUCCGAGCUUCCUGCUGGUUUCUCCGUGCGUUCUCCGCUGCUGCUGCAGUCCAGCCUGGAGUUCCCCUGCAGCCGGGCCCAGACCCAGCGCCGACACCAGGAGGGACAGGGCCGCGUCUCGCCCUGUGGAGCAGCCAUCAGCUGGUGUAAUGUGACUGACCAGCCACUAGAUGUCACUGCCAACGGGUACAAACAUGGAGUCACCAAGAAGAGCCUCGGCACUGCUAAAGCCAGGUCACUUCUCUGUAAAGUGGAGCUCUUCCAUGUUUUCCUGUCUCUUGUAUCAGCCACUGACCCGGCCCUGAUUCCCAGCUCGCUCAGGGGGAGGGAGCUGCAGAGUUACUGGGACUACAAGCAGGCGUCCCAGUCCUACCAGCAGGCCUGGCAGCAGCUGCGCCGGCAGGCCUUCCCCCUGUGGCCGCGCAGCAACCGGGACCUUCUGUUGUUCGACUGAACCUGCACCCCGCAGCCCCUCCGGCCUGCAGGAACUUAAACACUGAGACAUGUUUAGAGUUUUGAGCUCCACUGAAAUACCGGUUCACAAAUUAUUCAAAGCAUGAGCUUUCCCGGAGGUUUGGCUGAAGGCACAGUCUUCAUGCCUCCUGUGGCCGGGGACGACGUGUCUGUGCCAUUCUCAUCAGCGUGAUAUCUCAGGAGGGCCUCGGGGGGAUUUCUUCAAGUUUGAAACAUGUAUUUAAGCCAUCAGUAGCAAAUACUUUGUGCUGAUAUCCAGAGAUUUUAAAUAUGUCCAUUUUUGUGCCCAAAGAAUUAAUGGUAUUAUAUGUUAUUCCUGUCAUUGUGGAAAAGCCUCUAUAUCAGUGUUUAGAUCAUGGGACAAAAGGAAAAGUCAAACACUGAACUCUAAGAUUGUAAUAACAGUACAUAUCAAAAGUUGGGCAGCGUCCAAUCAAAAUGUCUCAUUAGAGUAACUUCAGGUUAAGCGCCGCCCUGCAAAAUUACCCAAACUCAGUUCAAGAGGGAUCGGCUAAUCUGCCCGCAGCUAAUCUGGCAUACUCCUGGCCCAUCAGCUAAAUAUUUUUCAUGCAGUUAUGAUUGUGUCAUCGCGGACCUCUGGUGGCUUUGGUGAUUCAAAACCUUUGGAAACUUGUUUUGUGUCACGAGUCUGAGCACCAGACCAGAGGAGACGCCUGCAGGAGUGCACUCUCCAGUUUAAUCAUAAGUCUACAUGUUUCUCAUUAUGGCAUGAUUUGCGUGCGUAUUCCUUUUUUUUUGUUUUUUCUUUUUUUUGUCGGCUGAGUAUUACUGUUUCUCAUUUCGUGCACCUUGCAGCAAAAUUUGGGCUGGUUUGUCUGGUUCCCUGGAUGUUAGAUGAGUCCACAUGGUGGUGGAAAAAAUCUCCUCAUGAGCUGAGCUGCUAAUCCACACAACUAUAUUUGAAUAUACACACUUUACACACAAACGGAUGCAAACAAAGUGGCUUAUGCCAGUGUACAAAACAAGUCUUUUUUCCAUUUAAUUAGUUAUUUGUUAUUGGGUUGUUUUAUUUCCCAAAUAGAACAAGUGUAGCUUCAAUCAGUUCUACAGUCAGACAGCAUCAUGGACGACAGUGACAAGUUGACAUCCAGUUUUAAUGAAGGGGGAGUGUUGGUAAACUGAAAUAUUGAUUUAACCCAGUCUCCAUAAUGUCCCCAUGUUAAGCCUGUGGGGUCGGCUGGAUGUGGGAGGUUUGGAUAAAUCAUGUUGUGCUAUACUGGAUCCUCCGCAGCCUGAGAUCCCGUUGACUGUGUCGGCAGGACGCCGGGCGCCGCCGUGCUGUUCCAGGAGGUUGAUGACCGCUCAUUAGUGUCCUCGGAUGACGGACGCUUGUUUUUCCAAUUGUGAAACCUUUUGUGAGCACAGCCGCCUGGUCUUCACCCUACAAAAACACAGCUGGAUCCACCGAGCCUGGACGGGGAACCUUGUUCACAUUCACAUUCACAGGACAACUGAUUUUUUAAAAAAAAUUCUCCUGGGUUGGACUGGAGACUCUAAAUGAUCAGUUGGUGUGAAUAUGAGUGUGAGAUAUGAGAAUCUGUUAACAUGAACCUGUAAAGAGGCUCGACUCACAGCUUUUUGAGCACAUACAGUAUUUGAUUUUUGGGGGGAAUUUCAUCUUAUUUUAUUCUAUUUUUACUUAAAUUUGUGAUGUAUAUGUAUUUAUGGAAAUGUCUUUCUUUGAUGUUUUUUGCUGCUGCGCCAAAUUUAAUGUUCACAGGGUCAGUAAAGGUACAUAUUAUCUUUGUCUUACCUUAAGGAUUGGAGACUGGACUUUGCCAUUAUCAUAAGUAGGAAGAAGCAGGUAAAAACAAUGAAGGAAUUAUUGAUUUUAACCUGCAUUUUCCCACUCGACAGCCAGAUCCUCAUUGGAUGAAUAGACUGUUUACUGAGGACAAACAAAUGCACUUUACUACUUUACUACAUCUUUGGCCUAAAGAAUCCACUGAAUAAUGACAAGCCAUGUCAGAUGAGCUGAUGUGUUGUCAAUUCCCAGUGCUUUUUCAAAUAAUAGAAAAAAAGGGGCUUUCCA